AUGUCUUUGUCUUUCUUCCACCUACAUAUUCCCAGAGUUCAACAGCACCAGCUGGAACCAGAUAGACUUAUUCUGUGCCGGAAAAAAGGCUACGAUUUGUGGUCCGGUAGAAUAAAAAUGUCACCCCUCACCAAGAAAUACCGUCCCCUUAAACUAAGGGUACACGCUGUCCAGGCUGUCCUGCCAGGCUGUCCUGAACCUGAAGACAAUGAAUACAUACCUAGAGGAGAAGCUACUCAAGAGCAAUCAGGUGCGAUGGAAGAGGAUGAAGAGGAUCCUUUUGCAGUAUUCUAUCAAAAGCAAGCCGAAGAAGAGGCGGUCAAAGAAGCAGCAGCAGCGUUGGCUUUUGCAGCAAAGAAAAGAGAGGAGACAACUUUGCUGGACCGUGCAAGAGAACAAGAGAUGGAAGAAGCAUUAUUGGAACGGCAAAUGGAAGAAGCACUACUUGAAAGAGAAAGUCAGAUUACAGAAGCAGAAGCUGCUUUAGAGGAAAUUGAACGGGAAGAAAGAAUAACAACAAUAAUGUAA